CCAAAUUUGCCCCCGUUCGUUGGCAAAUUUUAUUGUUAGUAUACACAUAAACACUUUAUUUUUAAAAAAAAAAUAAUAAUUUGAUCCUUCGAUCCAGUUAAUGUAUUCGGUAUCCGAGUCGUCCAACAAACUGCCCCGUUUCCAGCUUCGCUUUGUUCCUCCUCUUCUUCUAUUUUCUUCGACCAUGGCAACCAUCAGUAAUUGAAGCUUUUGGAAUCGUCGUUUUUAGAUUUGCUGCUACACAAAUAGAUGAGUUUGCUUUGCUUUGGCUUGAAAAUUUAAAACCAAGUGAAAUAAUGAGUAUAGUCCCGAAGGAGACAAUACAAGUGAUAGCUCAAAGCAUUGGUAUAAACAAUUUGAAUGACGAUGUUGCCCUUGCUCUUGCUCCUGAUGUCGAAUAUCGCAUGCGUGAGAUCAUGCAGGAGGCAAUCAAAUGUAUGCGUCAUUCCAAGAGAAAUACCUUGACUACUGAUGAUGUUGACGGUGCCCUUCAUCUCAGAAAUGUAGAGCCGAUGUACGGUUUUGCAUCCAGGGGUCCUUUGCAGUUCAAAAGAGCCAUCGGUCAUAGGGAUCUGUUUUACAUUGACGAUAAGGAUGUGGAUUUUAAAGAUGUGAUUGAAGCUCCAUUGCCAAAAGCACCACUUGAUACUUCAAUUGUUUGUCACUGGCUAGCUAUUGACGGUGUACAACCUGCUAUCCCAGAAAAUGCACCUUUGGAAGUUAUUGCACCUCCUCCUGAUUCCAAAAACAAUGAGCAAAAAGAUAGACUUCCAGUUGAUAUUAAACUGCCAGUUAAGCAUGUUUUAUCUAGGGAGCUGCAGCUAUACUUUGAUAAAAUCACAGAGCUUACAUUGAGCAAGUCUGAUUCAUCCCUCUUUAAAGAAGCUUUGGUGAGUUUAGCCACUGACUCAGGACUUCAUCCGUUGGUUCCUUAUUUCACAUGCUUCAUAGCUGAUGAGGUUUCUCGUGGUUUAAAUGAUUAUUCCCUUCUCUUUGCUUUGAUGCGUGUUGUCCGAAGUCUUCUCCAGAAUCCACACAUACAAAUUGAACCUUAUCUACAUCAAUUGAUGCCAUCAGUGGUCACUUGCCUUGUCGCGAAACGGUUAGGGAAUAGAUUUGCUGACAACCACUGGGAACUUAGAGACUUCACUGCUAACCUCGUUGCCUCAAUAUGCAAAAGGUUUGGGCAUGUCUAUAGCAGUCUUCAGACACGUUUGACCAAAACUUUGCUCAAUGCGCUUUUGGACCCGAAACGUUCACUGACUCAGCACUAUGGUGCAAUUCAAGGGUUGGCAGCCCUAGGACCCAAUGUGGUUCGCCUUCUUUUACUGCCAAACCUCGAGCCCUAUCUCCAGGUUCUUGAACCAGAGAUGCUUCUGGAGAAGCAAAAGAAUGAGAUGAAGAGGCAUGAAGCUUGGCGUGUUUAUGGAGCAUUGUUGCAUGCAGCGGGUCAAUGCAUAUAUGAUUCUCUCAAGAUUUUCCCACCUUUGCCAUCACCUCCAGCACAUGCCAUGUGGAAGACCAAUAGAAAAAUUGCAUAUUCAAAAAAUCACCAAGAUAAACGCAAAGGAGGCAUGGAGCACUUGGAACAGCCACCACCGAAGAAAAUAUCAACUGAUGGACCAACAGACUUGCCACUAUCUCCCACACAAGGGGAAGCAAGCACUCUAGCAGAUCCUUCAAAUGAUUCUGUUGUGGGCCCAUCAACAUGUUCUGAACAGAUACCGAACUCCAAUGAAUUGGACCGUAAAAUCGAAAGAGGCAAGGGAGAUCAUCGAGCUAUAAAGAUGUUGGCCAUCCUUAAUCAGGUAUGGAAGGAUGACUUGAAAUCUGGACAAUUAGUGGCAUCACUGUUUGAGCUGUUUGGCGAAGGCAUUCUGUCCUUCAUUCCAGCUCCUGAGAUGUCAUUAUUUAUAUGAUUAAUUGUAAAAAAUUGUUAUGCAGAAGAUAUAAAUCUAGGUGGAAUCAUGUAUAUUAAGAAGACCAAUUCUAAAUCAAUUCAAUGAAAUAUACUAGAAAACAGUUCCGAAGGA